UUUAUUGUAAACAAAUAUUCUGUUAUUAAUGUGCUUAUUAUUCUUGAUUUUAACAAACUAUCAUUGAACAAUGUUUAUAAUAUAUAAUUUUAUUGCUUAAGCAAUAAAAAAAAGACUACCAAGCUAUGUAAGUUUCUUGAUGUAAUUUUCAAGUCUGAUUUCUUUUUUAUGAGAUUUCAUGGCUUCAGAUCCUGGAAUUUGUUGUUUCCAGCAUUGUGGUCCAAAAAUAUUUUGCUUAAAAUUGCCUAAAAACUGUCCAGCUUGUAAUUCAGAUUUAACAAAGGCUGAAUUUGCUUUUGUUCCUUUCAGAUUACCUUACCCAUUUGUAAAGGCUUUACAAUAUCCGUGUUCAAUUAUUAUAAAACCAACUGUAGGAGAUUUUUUAAAUGAUUACUAUAACUCAAGUGACCUACAUAUUGGAGUGACCACCUCUAGUGGUGUUAUAGUGGAGUUUGAUCGAUUGGGUUUACGGAGGCAUUGGUCAACUCAGUGGGAUCAGUGUUUAUUGGUAGACAGUGCCCCAGAAGCUUGGUCACAACAUUGGGAUCAAACUUUAUUAGAAAUUUGCAAAAAACAUUCACAAUGGAAUGCAAGUUUAUAUAACGAAACAACAUAUAACUGCUAUACAUUUGUUCUUGCUUUUUUAAAGGCAUUAAAGUUUGGUAGCAUUAGUGAAGCCGCUUGUGAUGACACAGGGUUUUGUGAAAAAUACAUUGUUCCUAGAACAACUACAGCUGGGAAGUAUAUUUCAUUAUAUCGAAAACUUAGGGAUCACAAAUAUUAUAUUCAUAAAAGUAGUUAGCAGCUAGUAAAAUAAUAUAUUUGAUGAAUUUUGAUAGCUGAUUGUUCAUGUCAGUUGUGAUAUUUGGAGAAAGCAUUCAAGAAGAAUGAGUGAUUUAAGAAUUGUUUUCGAUACAUAAGAAAAAGUCGUGACCUGCAUAUUUUUGUAUAUAUAAAUUAAUAUAACUUAAAGUAUUUAAAUGAAUAAGGUACCAAAUAUCUAUAAGUGGUAAAAUGCCCAAAAUAAUUAAUAAAAGUUAAAAAUAUUGCAAGCUAAGUUCAAACUUUUGAUUCGUACAAAUGGUCAAAGAUUUAUAAGC